AAACAAUGGUAUUUAUCCCGCCAGUUUGAUUGGUUGAAAUAUGCACGUGACAUCAUGUCGGAGGAAGGCGUGAACAUCAACAUCACCGCGGAGGAGAUUGUCGUCAACUGGUCUCCCCCAUACUUUGAGAGGCUGUUUCCCCUCCUGGAGAAUACACCAAAGAGAGUGUUGGCCAACUAUGCUAUAUGGAUGCUUGUAAAGCAGGGAGUGAAGCUACUUGACUCCUCAUUCCGGGACAGCAUCAAUGUAUUCAACAAGGUGUUACGUGGAACUUCAGUUGAACCUCCACGUUGGAAGGUGUGCACAUCGUAUGUAAACAGCGUCAUGAUGCUCGCCGUAGGUCGUCUCUACGUCGACGCCCACUUUAAGGAAUCAGCGAAAUCCAACAUGUUAAACAUCAUCUCCUACUUGCGGUCUUCCUUUAAUAGCCUCAUGGAAGAGGCUGCCUGGCUUGAUGACCCCACGAGAGCUGUCGCGAGGGAAAAGGCGGAGGUGAUGAGUGAGAAGAUUGGUUAUCCCCAAGCCUUGAAGGACAACAGCUACCUCGACGACCAAUAUAGACACUAUGUAUUCAACGCAAGUCUGUAUUUUGAGAACGUCCAACUAGAGCUACAACAGGCCUCAAGAAGAAAUCUGCGUAAGCUCCGACAAGAGGUAGACAGAUCCCAAUGGCCCGUGCAACCCGCAAUCGUCAACGCCUUCUAUAACCCAUCAUGGAAUGAAAUAUUAUUUCCUGCCGGUAUUCUUCAGCCGCCAUUCUACAGCGAAAACCAACCCAGUUCAAUCAACUUCGGGGGUGUGGGUAGCGUCAUUGGACAUGAAAUAACGCAUGGAUUCGACAACUACGGCCGACAGAGGGACAAGGACGGCAACCUGCGACAAUGGUGGGACCAGGAUGUGAUAAACCGUUUCCAGAAUGCCACCAAAUGCUUCGUGAACCAGACCUCAAGCUUCGUCAGCCCCGAGGCCGGUCUCAACGUCAACGGGGUAUUAACCAUGGGUGAAGACAUCGCCGACAGUGGUGGAGUAAAACAAAGCUUCAAGGCGUACCGGAAGUGGGUCGCUGAGCGAGGAGCCGAGGAGGCGCCCCUCCCAGGAAUGAGCCUGAACCACAACCAGCUGUUCUUCCUGUCUUGGGCCCAGGUCUGGUGUGCUAAAAUCAGAAAGCAGAGAGCGGUACGGAAUAUCUACAUCGACUACCACAGCCCAAACAGACUCAGAGCGGUGUCACCGCUGCAGAAUCUUCCGGAAUUUGCCGAGGCGUUUAACUGUAAGCCCGGUUCCUUCAUGAACCCAACCACCAAAUGCUCAGUUUGGUAAACUGCAGCUGCUGCUGCAGCUGCGUACCAAUUUGCGCAUGCGCUGUCCUUCGGAUUCACAACGGCAUGAGAGGCAUUACAUCACCCCUGGUGCAAGUAGGGAUCGACGUUACUGCAGCAGAACAUACAUACUGACCAUAUGUGUGUGUAUACACGGAGACCUCGUUGAUACUUCUGAUCCAUUGAUAAAGAAUCACGCGGUUCAAUAUUCAAUGAAUCCAAUUAUGUUAUGUGAGAUUAGCAUGUUUCAUAUACUAAGAUGUACUAACCGGUAAUAUAACUCUCAACGCUCAAGUUCAUGUGUGUGCGUGUGUGCGUGUGUGAGUGCGUGUUUUAGUUAUCACUGGAGAUCAGAAAAAUUGUGUUUAAAAUAUAAACAUAUAUAUAUUACGUUAUUUUUUAUAAAUAUACUUAUACACUUUUGAUAUAAUAUAAUUUAUAUUAAAAACAAUUUCGCUCCCCAUUUCGCAAAAGAAGAUUAUAAACAGCGAUCGACAAACAUAUCCUAACAGAAAUUUGAGACUCCACUCUUUUUAGAUAGACUUUGAAUAUUGGGGUCUCUAUAUUCUGGGACAAACUUAUUUUCACUCAAGCGUCAGCUGCAUAAAAAUGUACAACUGUUAUAAUAUGUAUGUAAACAAGAAGUCGUACAGCUGUUUAUUAUCCAUAUGGUGAAACAUAACCAGUGUCUAAAUAUCAUAUGUGCACAUG